AAAUGCAUUUUUUGACGCAAUGAACGGUGUUUUUUUCUACACUGGACAGUACAGAGACCAACACUUCUGCUUACUUUAUAAGCUAGAGUUUCCUCACUGCCCUACCACAGUAUCUAACAAUGCAGCAACUCAACUCAUCAAACAGCUCUCUCAUCACUCCUUCAUUAACUGAAAGCCAUAUUGCCAGUAGUGUGCUGGCAGUUUGUUUCAUCCUGGGAGUUCCUGGGAACAUAGCAGUAAUGGUACGUCUUGCUGGAUGGCUGAAGGGAGGCAGCUUCACUCCGAGACUGAUGCUAAGCCUGGCCAUAUCAGACCUGCUCACUCUGCUUUUUCUGCCGGUUUGGAUUUGGUCUGUUCUGCAUGGCUGGUUCUUUGGCUUGUUCCUGUGUAAGCUUCUGUCCUACUUGCUGUACUUCAGCCUCUACUGUAGCACACUAUGUGUGAUGUUGAUGAGUGUACAGCGAUACAUGCAAGUGCUACAUCCUCAGAAAUGGAACAAGCUUGGCAGUAAAGGAAAGAAGAUCCUCUUGAGUGGGAUGUGGAUGUUCAGUGGAGUAUUAUCAUCCUAUGCGCUUGUACAGCGCUCACUAAGCUUGGACGGGCAAGAACACCUUCAAUGCCGUCUACACUAUCAUAAUGAUGUUGAAAGAGUGGCUACUUUAAUCUGGGAGAUUAUGGUAUUUGUGGUUUUGUUCUUCACACUGAUUUACUUCUACUUUCAGCUUUACAGGGGAGUUAAUAAGUCAGCUUUCUUUAGCAGUAACAUAAUGACAAAGCUGGUGACCAGAAUUGUGGCAUGUUUCUUUAUUUUUUGGGUCCCGAAUCAAAUCUCUAACACUCUGCUCAUCACUGCUGUGUUGCUUGAGAAUGACAAUCUGUUAAAAUCUGCAGAAGCUGGGAGUAAUAUCACUGGAGCUAUGACUUUCAUUAAUAGUUGUGUGAACCCCUUUCUGUACGCUUUCUCUGCUCGGGCUCUACGUCAGUACAAUCCUGGAACAGAAACUACUUCAUGAUGUAGUGGUUUGAGAGAGUUUAUGGAUUUUCCCUGAAAGCCAGUGAUUUGUUAAAGCUUAUGCAUAUGGACCUAAACCCACUUCUACCUACUCCUACAAUCUGUUUUUCAUUGUCUUUUUUUGUAUCUCUUAAUCAAGUAAUUUGUUUGCAGAUUGAAUGAAGGAAAUUAAACGAAGGAACAAGUCAUACUGCUACGUGACGAUAUCUCUCAUGACGAAAGCAGUUCAUCAGAUGAUUUCUCUUAAUAUCCAUGCUUUAUAAGGAACAUAUUUUUAAGAAGUGAAUGGUCUAUAAUAUCCAGAAAUUGUGUGGUGCAGGUUAUUUCUUGCUCAAGUAGGAUCCACUGGUUACUAAACAAGGGUUCAGACUCUUUCCAGCCUGUACUGUAAAUGUUGAAUAUAUUUUAGAUUGAUGAAGACAUUUAGAUUUCUUAGAAAGUGAAGAGGAGUUUGAAGUUUUGUGCUUAAAGAGCAUCCAGAACUACCAAAUACAUAGAAUUUUUUUCUCCUUUUUUAAACUGUACUUCUUGUCAUUAUAACUUUUGGAAAUGCAUUUCUCAGAGUAUAGGCAACGCCUUUUCUUGCAUGAAAACCACAGAACAUCGCUUUUCUAGUCGGCCGUAAAAUAAAAGAAGAAAAAUGCCCUUUUGAGUGCAGUAUCCCCAACCCACAUCCACUUUCUAUUUCUUUUGGUAACAUUGAACUGUUUUGUGUUUUUUUUAAACCUGGUUUUCACCUCAAAGUGGUCUUAAUCUUACUUCAAAGUAAAUAAUGAUGUCCUCAGACUAUAAUCUAGGAAGAUAAGAGAUGUUUAGUUUUAAGUCAACUGAUUUGUUAAUAUACUGAUAUUAUAAAUGUAUAAUAAACGUGAUUUGUAUGAAA